AACAAAGUAGAUAAAUCUUUGUAGAAAGAAUAAUUUUACAUAAGAUUACAUUAAUUAUAAUUUGACAAAACAUUACUUUAAUUUUAAAAAUAGCAAAACAUGAGUUUUUAUUUUAUCUCAAAACAUAAAUAUGAGACCUUUUAUUAAGUAGUAGUAAUUUUUAAAAAUAAUUAUGAGAAUGUGUCAAAGAAAAGAAAGAAAGAAAAAAUAGAAAUUUUAUUAAGUAAUUUUUAAAAUAUUUUUGGAGGCAGUGGUACUGUCCAUUCUUAUUCCAAUUCCAACAAAUUGAGUAACUCUUGUAUUGUAAGCAAUUACUCCAAUAGUAUUUUUCCCUUUUUCUAACGAACUCCAAUCCACUACUAGCCGAUCAUCAUAUAAUAACCGCCUCCACUCACUCCAAUCCACUGCAAUCCACUAUUUCACAUGUUCAUCUUCUUCUCAUUCAUUCUUCAACAACCUACACUGCGAUUUCCGUUUCUUCUUUCGCGAUGAAUCGCUUAAAGGACAUUUUCCGCCACAUAUCCAAAUCCAAUAUCAACAUGCUUCUUGAUUUUCACUCAAACAUUCUUCAAAACCCUAACACUAUUACUCUAUCUCGCCGAUUUGGAACCCAACUCGAUCAUCAAUUGAACAGAGAUUUUUUCCUCAAACUUUGGGUUUCUGAUGCCAAAAUGCAAAACCCUAAAGGUAGUAAGAAAUCGAUCAAAUUUCAUCGUGUUGAUCUUGUACCUAGAUGCUUUUCUGCUGCAUCAAUUGAUUCUGUUACAAACAAACUUAAACGGGGUAUGAAGCAACCUCCUAUAAGCCAAUCGUUUCCAGAGUUUUCAAAAUCGGAAUCUCCAGAAGAGGCCAAGGUAGCACCUCUGCUUGCCAGAUCCAACUUGCUAAUUACCAGAGAUAUUGAGUGGGCCAAUCUUGUUUUGGGAUUUGAACAGGAAAAUCGUUAUGCCAUUGUAGAUGCAUGCUACCCACAGUCGCCUGUAGGGUUAAUUCGUGAACAGAGCAACUUCAUUGCCAGACAGUUGCUUCGUCUGAGGAGGCCUUUUGUUGCACUCAUUACUGAUGCUUUGGGGAAUGAGCUCUUUAGGGUCCGUAGACCCUUUUGGUGGAUAACAAGCUCAAUUUUUGCGGAAAUUGAUGGUAAGGAAGUUGGAGUAGUUCACAGGCGGUGGCAUCUCUGGAAAAGAAUCUAUGAUUUGUACCUCGGGAAUGAGCAGUUUGCGGUGGUUGAGAAUCCUGGCUUUUGGAAUUGGACAUUCACCUUGAAAGAUUUUGAUGGUGAGGUGCUUGCUCAAAUAGAUCGUGAUUGGAGGGGUUUUGGCUUUGAGAUUCUAACUGAUGCUGGUCAGUAUGUGAUUCGAUUUGGAAGUUCUGACCCCGGCUCCAAGAUUGGCCUUGCUAAUGCGAUUCAAGACCUUGGUGUCAGUCGCCCACUUACCCUCGCGGAGAGAGCCGUUACGGUAGCUCUUGCAAUAUCACUUGAUAAUGACUACUUCUCAAGACAUGGAGGCUGGGGAUUACCCUUCUUGGAGGUUGGCGAGUAAAUUUGAUUUGACAGACAGUAUCAUCUGGUUUUCUACUGGCACUGUAAUCCCUGAGGGGCCAUUCUUUACCAAGUAGUUUUUAAAUUGGUGUUCUAAGACAACACCAAGGAUGACUCCAUUCACAUACACAUGAUAGGUGAUAUACUAAGGUUUAUUUGUUAAUGUAACAAAAUGAGGAUUUUAAUUUUUUUUUUUUUUUUUUUUUUUUGUGAAUGAGGGUUUAACUCUGAUAUUUACUUUUGUUUGUUGAUUUCUUUUGCUGGAUGGCAAGGUGAUGAGAUAAUCCUGAUUAUUGCUUUGUUAGUUGGUU